AUGGGCCGAAAGGAACUAGGUAUUUCCUCCAAGGAGUAUAACGAUGCAUUGGUCCUGGAAAGAUUGUUUAAUAUCACUAACAAGGUUAAAUGUUCAACUUGCAUGCUUAUGCGUCCCUCCGCUGUUGAUUUUAAUAGUUUUGAAUUGCUAUGCGACACCUGCUCAUCAAGGUCUAAAACUGUCUCAAAAAUUGGCUCUGAUAGUAUCUCUAUGAGGACAGUACUUGAACUAGAACGCAAGUAUAAGAUCAAUGACCAUUCAUCUACCAAGCACAGGCAUAAAGAUCGCGUGAAUGGUGGUAUCAAUAAUAAGAGCCCCAAGGGCAAUGACAAGCAUGACAAGCAUGGCAAGCAUGCUAAAAAAUUCUCAGAAAAUCGCAAAACUGGUAACUGUAGCUCUUCUAUCUCCUCUAUCUCACCAAUUGAAUCAGAUGUGGAGGCGUUUGGCAAAGGCAGGGCAGGCUCCAACACCAACGCCAACUAUCAGAUGUACGAUAACCCCGGAAAUUUUCCUGGGAUGGCUGGUCUAAUGGCCAAUAAUUAUAAACAAUCUAACCCAUUCAGAUGCCCUGUUAUUCCCUUUACUGCACAAUCUCCUAAUGAGACAAUGAGUUGCAACGCCUUACCCAGUAGUAACGUGCACUAUCUGGGAUCGCCGCAUCAGCUAAACCCUAACAUUGGACAUCAAUCACAAUAUAAGAACUAUUCGCAAAUCCAGUAUUUCAAUAAUCCGCAGCAAGCGUCUGUUAGGCUUGGUAUCCCCAGGAACAGCGAUAACAAUAUAUCAAAAAACCCAUUUGCUCAAGAUGUAUAUGAUAACAGAUCACAUCCAAGACGGCAAUUUUAA